AUGGCUCCUUUCUCAGGAGAUCGCGUGCUAUGGGUUUGCCUUGGUGUUUCGCUCGUCUUCGCAGUGCGUGGCAUUAUCUCGGAUCUACAACAAGUCGUUGAUCUGACCGAGAUCAAACAUGCUGAGAAGGAGGACAAGAUCAUCAGCGAAGGAACUGAGGAGUUCCUGAAGCUAGACACCCUCCUUAGGCUCUCCGAGUGCACCAGCUACGAGCUUCGAUCUGCGUACGAACAACUCUCCCCUAGCACUAGUUACACAAUCAUUGUUACUAAUGAUACCAGAGCCUUGCGCAUUAUCUCGCAGCGAUCAACCAAGGGAGAUACACGUACCUUGCUACUGGAGGACCUGCGAUCUUUUAGCAAGAAACGACAAGGCAAAGCACUGACGGCCCUCCACUUCCUGGUCACAAAUCGAGCUCUAUCCCGGACCUCAGUCUGCGCCUACCUCCACGACAUCGAGACAUUCACUGCCCUGGUAGAUUGUCUCUGCAACUUCCUCAGGGAACACACCGAAGAGAUAUCGACCACCAAGUCGCCCAUCCUGCCCAAGACCCGGCCCCUUGGAGAACUGAAGGCUCUACAAAUACUGAACGUACUCCUGCCAGGCAAUGUUCACAACGCGCUCGAAGCGGGGAUAAUUAGUCGGUGGUUGAACAAGUAUCCGUUUCCCUGUGCCGCGGAGGAUAGUCCCUCGCGACGGGAGGAUGUGGUGCUUCUCAUGAAAGCUUGGUGGACUGAUGAUGUGGUCAUGAGUUCUAUUUUCGACACAUUGAGCAAUGAUGCAGAGGCUAGCAAACAACUUCGUACCCAUGGUCUGAUGGGCAGCAUCAUCGCAGAGCAUGACGAUGAUGAUCAAGACCAUGAUGAGCGUGACGAUGACCAUCAAGGCUACGACGACGACGAUGACGACGACGGUGAUGGAGUCUACACGGAUGGAGACGUGCGCAUGGUGAAUGGCGAAGACACCGCUGGCCCAGACUUCGGAGCUGUCCCACUAAGGCAGCGCAACCAAGAUCAGGCACGGCGACGGAUGCGCCGAGAAGCCAUGGCUAUCAGUGAUGGAGGCCGGCCCUGGGCACGCGAGAAUAUUAUCCAGCGCCAGCUUCAGGACGACUAA